AUGAAAUCAUUUGUCAUUGGAAAAAAAUUAGCAUUUAAUAAUGCUUUAUUCAUAGAAUUUACGCAAACAGUUGAUGCAAGUAAAAGAAUAUUUGAUCUACUUGAUCAUCAAUCGAAAAUUCCUUCAUCAUUCAAUGAAAGUUGUUCUAUUGAACCAACUAAUUUUGAUAGAAGUAUUCAUUUUGAUAAUGUUUCAUUUUCAUAUCCAACUGGACCUGAACAACAAAUACUUGCUAAUGUUUCCUUUUCAAUUGCACCUGGUCAAAAAGUUGCAUUAGUUGGUCCAUCAAGUAGUGGUAAAAGUACUAUAGCAUCACUCAUCGAACGAUUUUAUGAAUCUGAUUCGGGUACAACCUAUCUUGGUUCAUAUUCAUUUGCAUCGAUUAAUUCACAAUGGCUUCGACAAAAUAUAUCAUUUGUUAAUCAAGAACCAUAUUUAUUUACAUGUUCAAUUCGUGAUAAUAUUACAUUUGGUCUUGAUUCAAAUCAAAUUUCAUUCGAUGAUAUUAUUCGUGUUGCUAAACAAGCCAAUGCAGGAUGUGGGUGUCAGUUAAAUCGACACCGAUGCCCACACCCGCACCCACACCCUAGGGCAGAAGAAAGCUAAGGAGAGGAGGGACAGGAGUAGCUUUCACGUAAAUUUUAAAACAUGUACGAUUUUCUGCUAUAUUUCAGUCUCUCAGAUUUUUCAAGACAAAGAGGAAUUAUGAAUUUAAUUGUUUAUUGUUGUGAUGGUUCAUCUGUUCAUUGAAACAUAAUACAAAUUGUUGCACUUGUUUAAUGUCUUAGACAAGAUCACGAUGAAAAAAUAAUCCAUGGUCAUGUGAAAUCACAUACGAUCAUUUUCUUCCUUCCAUUUGGAAUUGUCAUGUAGUGCUCGAGUGUGGCAGCGUCUUUUUGAACAAACCAACAGAUGCAUCGCAUGAACGAUAAAUGUACUCAUAACAUACUACAUCUAUAUGCCGUAAUGUUUUGCCAUAUGUCACCUGAUCUAAAAAAACUAAUAUUUUUCGUUUGAGAGGUAAAACGAAGAAUCGACAAUAGGUAUUUCGAAAUUAGAAUUCGGACAGUAUUGUCGCAUUUCCGGUGCUUUUUAACUUCUUUCGGGACUUCAAUAGUAACAAACUUCAUGUGGUAUUUGAUAGGUUGAAUCAUGGACCAUAAAAUACCACAUGAAGUUUGUUAUUGUUGAAAUCCUGAACAAAUCCAGAUAGUGCUAGAAACUCGACAAUAUUGUCCGCAUUCUGAUUGUUCAUUCUGCAGUAAAUCGUUUGAGCAGAAAGCACCAUGGGAAUAGUUGACGAUGAAGAACGUCCCUGUGACUGAGUAAGAGUUGGUUCAGUUCGAACAUUAAAUAUAUCAUUUUCUUUUUACAAUUGAAAAUGAUCACGAUGUUUUUUUAUUGUUCAUAUGAAGUUCAACAGACUGUCAGUCUUUAUGUCGACAAAACAAAUCAUCGCUUUUACAUAUUUCGUAAACGGAUUAUCACCUUCCUUUUGAUAGGAAUACUUUCUAAAUCUACUUUUCUUAAUCAUAAAGUGCUAAAUGUUGUAGUAUAAAAGACAUUAGACGAAAAUAUAGUUAUCCAAAAAUGUUUUUAAGUUUCAAACAUCUAAAAAUCUAAUGAUUCUUCAGCUUAAGUUACACAAAGGAGGAAAAGAAGGAGAUACGAGCAAAAAGGAGGAUAUACUUAGGAAAAAAAGAGGAGCACUCACAUGCUAGUUUAUAAGAUAUUUCAAAUGGUAUAAAUUGCAGGAGAAGUUAAUAUUAUGGGAGAAAACCGUUUAUUUUGCUUGAAAAUUUUUAUGCAUUGCAAGCAACAUCGCAUCGAUUUAAGAGUAUUUGCUCGUAGAUUCUGCCACUCACUCAAAGCCCAGUAAUAUGGACAUAAGUAGAACUGUGUGAGAUAAAGUUUUUUGGUUGCGAUUGUGGUUACUUCUUUCUUGAUAGUGUUAGUCAUAGGUCUGGUAAAUCUGGUCUGGAUUCGGUCCUCGUCAUUUUAGUUUUUCAGUUGUCGGCUCUAAUUUUGAGUCUCAGUCUAUAUAAAGGAACCUGUCUGAGAAUCUGUUCGCAUAUUGAUCGGUAUGAUUUAUAUUAUAAUUCGCUCAAAACCACAGAUCAACUGACUACAAUCUAUGGUUUCGGUUCGAACAACUUUUUUUCCUCAUUGUCUCGGUUCUGAUCCAGUCCCAUACAUAUUGAUUCAUAAGUUAGCAAUAAAGCAUUAUGAAUACAAAUCAGUUUAGAUUUUUCCUUGCCUCAAUAGAUUCCAUUUCAUGAGACAACUCAUCUUAGAAGUGACUUAUCAUCUCGAAAGUUUUCUUUUGUGUUAAAAUAAUAAAAUCAAUUUUUUAUUUGUAGCCCAAAUUAACUCUUUCUAAAGAUGUCCAGUUAUUCGAUUAUGAUGAUAGAUUUCAACAUAUUCUUAAACACAAAUAUUUAUUAUGAAGAUAAUAAAAUCUAGAAAUGCUCACCGUCCAUAGAGAUCGAAUUUAACAUAUUAAGAUAAGUAUCGAUUAUAUAAUAUGUAUAUAUAUAAGCAACUAAUUAUAAGUUCUAAGAAGAUCUUUUUUUUUUCUUAACUGGAGCUCUCAGACUACCACCAUUUGCUUUCUACAUGAAUAGAUUCUUUGCACAUACGUUCCUAAGCGAUUCUAAUAAGUAUUAAGUGUUUCAUUGAUUUCUUCUCAGACAUAGACUGGAUAUGAAAGUAGAAGAGAUGAGUGUGAUGUUUUCUCUUUGGAAACUAAAAUUCUAACUAGAUAAAUUCGAAACCGACAUUUUUACGCUGAUUUUUUCGGUGGAUGGAUUUAUAUGGAAUGUAAAUGGUCUCAAUCAAGGAUGAUCUCUUCAAGAUAGAUGAAUCUCGUUUUAUUUUUGAGAGAAUCUAUCAAAUAAACGAUUGAUUACCUAUAUCAAAAGCUAUUGACGAAUGUCUGUUUUCAUAAAAACCCCGUUUGAACACCUGCUGAUCAAAUGUUAAUGUAAGUUCAUCGAAUUGAUGUUCAAUAAGAUAAGACAAACUCAGAACUACUAAUUCAAUUGAUAUACGUUGAGUAAGAAUAAGUGAUUUAAGAUUAGGAAAACGAAGAACUUUUUUUUAUCAUUAAACAACAAUUCAUCACUAAGAUUACAAGCAAUUGAAUUUGUUCCAUCAAAAUGAAUAUGUUGAAUACAAGAAGAAAGAGAUGAUGAAUUUAAAAUUAAUGAAAAUAAUAUUGAAGUAAAUUUGUUAUAAGAUAAACUUUGUUUAAUAAGAAGACCAGUAUUUAAUAAAUUGUCACUUAUUGAAAGAGCUAAGCACACAAGAGAAUUGAACCGAAUAUUUAAUGACCAAAAAGACGUUAAUAUAUCGAACCAUGUGAGAGAAGAAAAACUAUGAAGAAGAUUUUCAUUCGAUAGUGUUUCCAUUCUAUUUAUUAUUUUAUCUAAAAAGAAAGAUAGAUUAUGCGUUUUACUUUUUUCGGAUUUCAUCAUUGUUGAACAUCAAUGGAUGAUGUAAGUAACGAAAUGAAAACCAAAAAGAUUAUAUUCAUUUUUCAAUACUCCAUGAAUAUUACUAAUUAGUGUUGAAACAGUUUUUAGUUACAUUAGAAAAUCAUUUCUUUAAAAUAUAAAAACCCAUCAAGAUCUUCACAUUUCAGUGAAACAUCUGGUAAAUGAGCAUAUCAUUUUUUUAAUUUAUGUCAACGUUAUACAAAUAUAUGAGAUCCACAGUGUCGAUCAUAUACCUUUAUUGCUUCAGUUUUUGAUCUAAUUAUUGUACCAGAAAAAAAAAAAUUUUCGUUUCACAAACAUUUGAAAGAGGGUGUCGGUGUGUGGGCAAGGGAAAGACUUACACUCACACCCACACUUUACGAUAUAUCUAUGAUUGGUUAGAAAUUAGCAUAUGGUAUUUUCAUCUAUUAUUUGAGUUUUCUCACAGUUAGUACAUCAGAUCCGUAUGUCCUGUAUAAUAAUAAAUAGAUCGAAGCGCCUUAUUUCGAACGUCAUAUACGACAUUUAAUAAUUUGUUUAUAUCUCUAUAAUAUUUUUUGUAUCCAUUGAUUAUUACACUAUCUAAUAUCAUUCAUUGUUUUCGGUUAUUCAGGGCAAAAAUAGUCGACUGAAGUCGGUCGUCCGACUAAUUCUAUUCGAUUCAAUGAUCAUAUAUAACUGUCGUGUCAGUUGUGAAUUAUAUAUCAACUAACCUAUACAUUAUUGUCACUUCGUCAUUUGAUCUUACCUGACUACAAUCAUUCGACUGGGGUGUGGGUGUGGACAUGGGCGGCGGACCCAUUAGGCUUGGGGAGGCUCGGGCCUCCCGUAGAAAAAUAUAGAGGAGGCUUGGGGAGGCUCAAAUACUAAAAAGUAUUUUAAAGAUAUAGUCGCAAGUUUACGUCUUAUUAGCGAGAACUCUUUGAAUAAAGGUUGUCUCGUGUUUUUUGAAUGGUACACCUAGUCAAAUGUUAGAUAGUCCAUGUGUAUCACUAUAUUUGCAGUGCCUCUAUGAAUUUCGAAUCACAAACAUUUAUCUCUGUUUCAGUUUUACAAAAAUUUUUGAAGUAAUAGAUGAACAUGAAUCUUUUGGCAGACAAAAUCUUUACUAAAUAGCGUCGAAGCAUGUCUUUCAUAAAAGAACAAGAAAAAAAAUGAGUAUAAUCACUAAUAUUCACGUAGUUAGUGUGAAUAUGUUAUCAACUAAUUUAACUGACCGCAUUAAAACUCCCUGUUUAUAACACAUAACGAACAUACAGAAUGUGCCAAAGGUUACUAAUGAAAAUACAUGUAACUCCUGUAGCAAUGAAGCUUAACACAAAACUUAUUUUAUUUGAAAGAAGAGACUAACAUGUCUGUAUUAUUAAAGACCCGUUUCAACAACAAUGUAGCAAAAGUGGAAUUUGCGAAUACAAAAAAGAAUCAAAUGAGGUUUUUCUCUAUGUGGAAAACAAUAUGAAGCGUUUUUUCGAUAUCUAUUAGAAUUUCAAUCGUUAUUAGGAACUUCAAAUCAUUCAAAUCUAUCCUCAUGACUUUACAAAUACUCAUCCUGAUAUAUUCUUGAGAAAAAGGAGCAAGAAAGCCAAUAUUAAUGAUAACAUGUGUUGUUAAAUAGUCCAACGUACACUUUUCACGGCCUUAAUGGUUUUCGAAGAGGCACGAACGACCUACCGAGGGAAAAUGCAUCAGUUAUUGGUUCUUUUCAAAAUGUGUCAGAAAAUGGCUGUCAAGCAAUACUGAAAGAUCUAAAUGAUCUGAAGUGCACAAUGACGAACAAAGUUCUAGUAGAUAUAGAAAGUAACACUGUAUUGUUUUUGACAUAGAAAAAGCCUAAUGUUUUUCUUUUUGUAGCUACAAAUCCUGCUUUUGCUACGUUGUUGAUUAACUUGAUCUUUAAGAACAAAGUGUUCCUAGGCUCCCAUUUGAAAUAUAAAAUAUUAGAUUCAGCUUGAAUAAUAGUGCAUUGAAAUGCAUUUAAUAAGUCACAAUGACUUUUGGCACAUUUUUAUUCGCUGAUCACUUUUAGUCAUAUCGAUAUCCUUCAUAUGAAGAAAAUUUAGUUUACGUGGAAUAGAAGAAUAGCUGCAAUGGUUCGUUCAAAAAAAAACAGCAUGAAAUCAUUUUCGGUCGUGAGAAGUGCUUUUAGCUCUGCCUUGCUAUAUUCACAUUAGAUUAGGUGUAAGAUUUUUAUGUACAUGCUAAUUAUCCAAUAGAAAAGUUAACGUUGCCGUAAAAUUUUUCACUAUGGUUCAAAUUUUGACAUGAAUAAAUCCAAAAAUGCGUUUAAAAUAUAGUGAACAUUAUAAAAAGUAGAAAGUAGUUCCUUUUUUGUUCCAUCUCUCAUCAUUGCCUAGGAAAAAAUUUUGAGCCUCCCCUACGUUAAAAUCGUUCCGCCGCCCAUGAUACUGACAAGAUUUUUUUUGACUUAAAAAAAAUGAACAUUAAGGCAAUACUUUUAUACUCCAGAGAGGGGGGU